UAUAUAACAAAAUCCACCCCCAAUUUCACUCAUUCAUUGAUUCUUCACUCCAUUCACUUCACACGAUCAUAAUCAUCGUCACAUUCUCAGAUCCAAAAUCAUGAGAAAUUCCUCUGAGAUAGCGUCUCCAUCUUCAAACAAAAUCAGAUCGAAGAAACCCAUUCUUCGAAGCUCAAAAUCCCAAUCCAAAGAUUCAUAUGAACUAAGCACAAAGACUCCUGAGAAGCCAUCACAGCGCACGCGCAACCGUGGCGUCGCUCUCUCUUUAUCGGAUAUUCGAAAAGUCGCUAAGGGUUUGCAAGAUCAGAAACAAAGCCAUGAAACGACGUCGUUUUCAAAGGCUAAAACCGCUAGAAGGCAAAUCGAAAUGGCUUCUCCGCGUAAAACAAACAUUUCUGUUGAUGAAUCGUUAAAGCUCCCCAAAAAGUAUGAGAAUUUGGGCGAGUUUUUUGAUAGUUUGGAUAGUUCCAUCCGAUUGUUGCGAUUAAAAGGAUCAAUGACGUCGUUCACUAAUAUCAGACCCAAGAUCGAAACUUUAACUGACAGGAGGUUUACACACAGUCAUUUGGCUCAGUUGAAAUUUAUCUUACCUGAAGCAAUUGAUAUUAAGAAAUUAUUAGUGUUUGACGAACGAACAAGUUGUAUGAAGCCAGAUCUUCAUGUUUCUGUAAACCCUGAUGCGGUAGUGUUUGACGCUGAGUUGAAACCGGAAUGUGGGAGUAUGUCUUUGAGGAAGUUAUUUCGUGUACGGCUUAAAGAUUUUUGGGAAUCUCAUCCAGAGGGAGAUGAAAUUCCGGAGGAAAUGCUGCCUGAGCCAUUCAGUCGCCCAAAACAAGAUCCUAUUUUGCACGUGUUGAAAACUCCCUUCUCCUCAUUAUCUGCAGUGACAUUAUCUGAUCCAUGUGUUGCUCAUCCUCCAACAAUGUUGUCAACGAGCCCACAUAAUAGUGACACUGCAUAUAAUAUGUCUAUGCCUAUUGACCAGCAGCCAGCUGUUGCUUCUCAUAUGUCUCAAUCUUUUAGCAGACGGUUUUCUCAGAGAGUAAAGCAAAAUUCCUGCCAAUCUUUAUCUGUGCUGGUUUCAGAGUCAAGCUUGAAGAUUAAUUCUACUUCUGAAGUCACUGAAUCCAAUCCUAAUACAUCCCCAUCUGAGUUGGUUUUAGAAGCAUCCAGUAGUGAAACAUGUCCUACAAUUCACACUUCUUCUAAAUGCUUGACACCAUCCCGUGUUACACCAGCUACACCCAGCAAAUCCAUUGAGUAUAUUGAGAGCAAAGAUGGAUCUGUCAAAAGCAUUGAUGCCAUGUCAACUCCAUCUAAAUUUGUCUCUACUCCAUCUAAAUUUGUCUCUACUCCAUCCAGGCUGAUGUCAGCAACACCUGCAUUAAAGCCACCUAAAAGGCAUAUUAUGAGUCCUGAUGACAACUCUACCAGCUCCCCAAACAAGUUGGUUAAGCGCCCACAUCGGUCAAGGUCAUUGAAAUUCGACACUCCAGUGAAAAAUGAAAAUGAUGCCAGUGGCUUGUCAAUUAAUGACGACAUUUUUGAUAUCCUCCCAGAUAAUCUUCUCCAUUCGAUAAGGGAGAAAGAACGAAUAGCAAUGGAGGAAAGGGAUCCAGCUAUCUCACAAGCUAAGAAACGGAAAAAAAUUAUUGCCAGCCUCCCUAAGCUCUUUAACAUGAUUCACAUGUUGUUUCAUUCAAGAAACCGAUCUGUUAUCACAAAAAGGGAGCUGUUAAGCGAGAUAAUCUCAAGCCACUGUGACAUCGUUGAUAGAAGCGAAGUUGAAGAACAGUUGCAUUUAUUGCUAGAAUUAGUGCCCGAAUGGAUUUCUGAGAAGUCAGCCUCCAGUGGAGAUAUGCUAGUGUGUGUAAAUAAAACGUUGAACCUCGAAUCCUUAAGAGCAUCACUUGAAGAAGCAAAAUGAGCAAGCAGAGGAGAGCAUUGGAACCAAGAAGUAUACCCUUAAGAGCAUCACUUGAAGAAGCAAAAUGAGCAAGCAGACGAGAGCAUUGGAACCAAGAACUAUCCGGUCCUUUUCUUUUGGACUGCUUGUAAAUGUUCAAUCAAUUUUCUAUUGCCAUUGCUUGGAGUUGGUUCAAUCUAUUUUUUGAUUGGUCUAUAUUUUGGAGAGGUAAAUUGGUGGAUCAACUCAUCUUUUUGUGCAAAUGGUGUAAUUGCAUCAUAGACAGACGAAAUAAAUUAAAUGUACUGGAAAUGAUUUUUGUUGCAGAAGUGAUCAUGCUUCCUAACUUGAGCUAAUCAAUUAUCCUUUUGUUAUCCAUGUAAAAGUGUAAUAGAAAUACAUAUUUCCUUAAUAUUUUCUAUUCACAAGCGACCAAUAGGUCAUGGUAGUUGAUGUUUUCUUUUUCUUAAUUUUCUUCUGCAAUAUAUUUCAAAUAUCCUCUAAUAAUUUUUAGUAGA